AUGGCACAACCGUUCCCAGUUGAGAAGUCGGUCCUCGACCUCGGUGCGCCAAAUUUCCAAGAAAAUCGAUCUCAAUGGGAGAAAGUACUCGCAGAAUUCGACCACAACCUUCGGCAGGUUUCUUCUGAGGGUGACGAUGUGUCGACAGCUAGACAUCAAGGACGAGGGCAAUUGUUACAGCGGGAUAGAAUCAACUUGUUACUGGAUGCAGAGUCACCAUUUUUGGAGUUAGGGGCUUUUGCUGGGUUUCGCAAUGCGGACUCGAAUUCUUGCGGCAACCUCAUUGCUGGUAUUGGUCUUGUCAGUGGACGGCCAUGUAUCGUCAUGUCUCAUAUCCCAACCCAGAGCGGUGGAGCUUGGAACGAGAUCACAGUGCACAAAGUGAACAGAAUUUUGGAAGUCGGCUUUGAGAAUGACCUUCCGUUAAUUUCUCUGGUGCAAUCGGCGGGUGUCUUUCUGCCACAGCAGUUUAGGGUAUUUCACAAAGGUGGACAACUUUUCCGCGAUCUGGCCAUCCGCUCUAAGCAUGGAAAGCCAUCCUGCGCUGUGGUUUUCGGCCCCUCAACCGCCGGCGGAGCAUAUCACCCGGCUCUCUCGGAUUACACCAUCUUCGUUGAGAACCAAGCACAGGUAUUUCUGGGAGGUCCACCCCUCGUCAAGAUGGCGACAUCAGAGACCGUGACUACCGAGGAGCUCGGCGGAGCCAAGGUUCACGGAACAGUGACUGGCCUGGCUGACCAUACGGCACUUGACGAAUUUGACGCCAUUCAGAAGGCGCGGGAAUGGGUUGCCACUCUUAACCCACUGGGCCCUAGCCACCAAGGAGGCAUGGUUGAAGAGCCACUGCCUCCUCGAUAUCCAGUUGAAGACCUUCUAUCGAUCGUGAACACCGACAUCCGUAAACCCUUCGACAUGAGAGAGGUUUUGUUGCGCAUUGUUGAUGACUCGAGGCUUUCGAUUUUCAAACCAGGCUAUGGUGUCAACAUGCUCACUGCUUGGGCUGAUAUUCUCGGUUUCCGAGUGGGUAUUGUUGCGAAUCAGACGCCUGUGAUUCACCCACAAGAAGCCCUGAAAGCGGCUCAAUUCAUCAGACUGUGCAACCAGGAGGUUAUCCCUAUUGUAUUCCUCCACAACGUAACUGGGUUUAUGGUUGGUACCAAAGCAGAACAUGCCGGAAUCAUCAAGGCAGGUGCGCAGCUCGUAUCAGCUGUUAGUUGUUCUUCAGUCCCACACAUCAGCAUCAUUCUCGGAGCGUCCUAUGGUGCGGGCAACUACGCCAUUGUGAUGGGCCCAGACCAGCUAGCAGGCGUGAUGGAGACCAUCAAGUCCAAGUCCAACGGCGGUAGUAAGCUUUCGACGGAGCAGAUCAAGGCUCAAGCACAGAAGGUGCAUUCGUACUCGCCUGAUAAGAAAUGCAGAGAUGCCUUGUCGCAACACGUUGCAGACGCACAUGAGUCUGUCUGUAUCGGAUCCAUCGAACACGACACCAAAAACCCCUUUCUCAACAUCGACCUCCUCCUUAGGACCGCCCUAGAAGCCCACGCCGACGCCGUCCAUCCCGGCUAUGGAUACCUGAGCGAGAAUGCCGACUUUGCAGACCGUGUCCGCGCCGCAGGGCUGACCUUCGUAGGGCCAACCGGUCAGACAAUCUCGACACUAGGCGAUAAGCGAACCUCCAAAGAAUACUUGAGAACUCACGCACCGGAAGUGCCCCUCAUUCCAGGAUUCUCCGGGUCCAGCCAGAAUGUUGAAGAUCUCCAAGAUGCGGCGACACGCAUCGGCUUCCCUGUCAUGCUCAAGGCUUCUGCGGGAGGCGGUGGCAAGGGUAUGCGAGUGGUCCGCAAAGCUUCUCAGCUCCAAUCGGAACUGGACCGCGCCCAGUCGGAAUCCCAGAGAUCUUUUGGUUCUAGCGACUGCAUUCUGGAGAAGUUCAUCGAGAGCAGCAAGCACGUCGAGAUUCAGAUCGUUGGAGACCAGCAUGGCAACGUCGUGUCUCUGUUUGAGCGCGACUGUUCCAUUCAGCGUCGCAAUCAGAAAGUCAUCGAGGAAACGCCUUGUCUGUUUCUCGAUGAACAGACUAAGAAGAGCAUGAGCGACACGGCCGUCAAAAUUGGGAAGCUUCUAGGAUACGAAGGGGCAGGAACCGUGGAGUUCGUGGUCGACACUACAACGAAGAAGUUCUAUUUCUUGGAAGUCAACACUCGCCUUCAAGUUGAACACCCCAUCACAGAAGAAGUCGUCGGCGUGGAUCUCGUAUCCUUGCAGCUCUACGUCGCUGCUGGCGGACGUCUUGCCGAUGUUCCUGAACUAUCUGCCUUGACACAAACUGGGCAUGCAAUUGAAUCUCAAUAG